UGGGGCGGCCCAUCCGUCCAUCAGAGGGGACUGGGGCGGUACGGCGGGCAGGCGGGGCAGACUUUCAAAGCCCGCUCUGCAGCGGAGAAAAGUGGAAGCUGCGGGCGACCAAGAAUUUCUGCUCCACGGGCAUAUCGUUAUCUCUCUUACGGGCGCAUUCUCAGAGAAACUGCAGCAAGUCAACUUGUAUGCCCGGUUUCUGGAAACAUAUCAGCUACUCAGAAAAGCCAGUCCAGCAUCCUAUAUACCCGACUGUUACUACCUUCGAAGCUAUUUUCAACGGCUUCAUUUCCCGGAGAAUCAAUACCGUCGAACCAUCGAAUUAUACUCUUUUCACGACAACUACACAACCACCGCCAAAAUGGUGAUCCAACAGCCCUCCAACCAGAUCAAACUGACCAACGUCUCCCUUGUCCGGCUUAAAAAGGGCAAAAAACGCUUCGAGGUUGCCUGCUACAAGAACAAAGUGCUCGAAUGGCGGUCCGGCAUCGAGACUGACCUCGACAACGUCCUGCAGAUCCCCAACGUCUUUCUGAACGUGUCCAAGGGCCAGACGGCGCCGACGGCCGAGCUGCAAAAGGCGUUUGGCAAGGACACUUCGGUCAAUGACAUCAUCCUGGAGAUUCUCAAAAAGGGCGAGAUGCAGGUGGGCGAGAAGGAGCGCAGCGCGCAGCUGGAGCGCGUCCAUAACGAAGUCGUCUCCAUUGUCGCCAGCAAGCUGGUCGACCCGCGCACCAAAAAGGUCUACACCACCGGCAUGAUCGACAAGGCGCUGGACAUGCUCAGCUCGCAGGCGCAUCAGCUACAGGAGAAGGAGAAGGAGAAGAAGGAUGCGGCCGCGAGCGGUACGGCGUCGCCGGCGACGGGCGAGAGCGGCGAGGCGAAGCCGCAGCCUACAAAGUCCCUACCCAUCUGGACCGGUGUUUCGACAAACAAGAGCGCAAAGUCGCAGGCGCUGGAGGCCAUGAAGGCGCUCGUUGCCCAUCAGCCUAUACCCGUUGCCAGGGCGAGGAUGAGAUUACGCAUCACUUGCACGACCAAUGUGCUCAAGCAGGCCGUCAAGGCUCCCAAGGGGGAGGCCAACAAGGAUGGCGAGGAGGGAGAGAAGAAGGCACCCGGAACGGUCAAGGACAAGAUUCUCAGCUUCGUUGAGCAGGUUGAGAGCCAAGAUGUCAUGGGCCAAGAGUGGGAACUGGUGGGCUUCGUAGAGCCCGGUGCUUUUAAAAUCUUGUCUGACUUCAUCGGAAGCGAAACCAAGGGACAGGGAAGAGUAGAGGUCCUGGAUAUGGCCGUCACUCACGAAGAUUAAAGCCAUGACUUCGUUUCUCGAUUUAACUGGCUGAUACUCUCUGGGUCUUCGUCUAUGGUGGUCUUGGUCACAUACAUGGGGUGGGCGUUAUGGCAUCGAAAAUCAUAGUGGGUUGUUUUAGGCAAUGGAUUUAAUGGAUUUGCGUGUUUCACGUCCAUAGAGACCGAAUAAAAAUGCCAGUAAAUCAUUUUCCAUAUCCACGCCGUUUAUUGUCAUGCUGUCAAUGAUGUGUCUUCCAUUAUGCGAGUUCCCCCAUUAGCCAUAGGCUACCUAGAA